CGAAUUUGCCUUCCUUAAGCAGCCUUUAAAAAAAAACGAAAAAACAAAAAUAUAUUUUGUUUCUUUUCUUGCUCGUCACUGGUACAAAAAUGGCGACCUCAAGAAACAAAUCGAAUGGUCAUUCUCUUUGCACGUGCCGCAAGCCACCACCACCGAUGCUGCCAUUAUCGGCAUCGUCGUCCUUCGCUUCAUCGACCGCCUCCAGUUUCGCAUCUCGCUCCUCCUCCCCCUCCUUCUCCUCCUCCACCUCCAACACCUUAUUUGCACGCGCCACCUCCCCCACACGCGUGAACAUGUACAAUCAUCACCAUCAUCAGAACAAUCAUCAGUCUUCGCCGUCCUUACGUUUCUCAAUCGAUCGUCCAAUCUCUCCCAACCGUUCCAUUUCUAUGACAAGGCACACCUCCAAUGCCAAUGCAUUGUCCAAUCAGAAGAGAACGUGCUCGUGUUCCCCUACGACACAUCCUGGCUCUUUCCGGUGCGCUUUCCAUAAGGCAUUGAUGAGAAAUAAUGGCUUUAAUCAUCAAAGCAGCAGCACACAGUCAGCGUCGGCAUCUUAUCACUCUGGUAGUAAAUUGAACUUUAGGCGAUCGGCUAUGACGAAUUCGCUUGUAAGGAUCGGAGGUGUGGAGGGAGAGCUAGUGAAGAGAGCAUUGUCGGCUCUGAUUCGUCCUUCUUCGCAUCAUCUUCGGCGUCGCGCCGCUUUCGAGACGAGACCCAGCCGGCUCUCCGUCAUGUCUAAAGCCGGAGAUUUGUGAGUUAUCCUCUUCAUUAAUUUGGAGGGUUUUAGUUUUGAUCGGUUUGAAUCGGUGUGUUGACUCGGCUACUCGAAAGUUUUACUUGUUUGUUUGUACGGUUAAUUGUAGAAUUGAUGAGUCAAUUUUUGCAAAGAUCGGAGUUUACUGAGGAAUAUCAAAUAUAAUUAAAUUUUU